ACACGUAGUUAUCGUGUGAAUGUGAUGAUGCAAACGUAUUAUGUAUAAUGAAGCGAGAUAAAGAGAGUAUUUAUCUCUUUGAACUCGUGAUCGACAAAACUUUUUCUUAUCGCGGUUACACUGGAACUCGAAUGUCGCAAGUGUAAUUUUUGUUUAUGCCAUGUAUUUCGCAACAAUUCGUAUUUCCAAGAUAUGUUAUUUUGUCCUCCCUUAAUUUUGCUUGAGAUUUUUUGAUUUGUUACGAAAAUUUGAUUUGUUACGAAAAUAGAAACGUGCAGAGCAACGUUAAAAACUUUGUCUCCCUCUAUUUCCUUUUCUUUCAGUUUCUCUCUCUUUCUGUUUUCCCCCUCUUUUCUCAUUUGGAGCGUCACAUUGCACUGCGCCGCACAGCGGCUCGACUAAACUCAAGUCGAUUCUACUCAAUCCGACUCUUAACAGUAGCAACUAAACUUGUGUAUAGUGUGCCACGCGCGUUCUCGAAGAGCAACAUCCAACAUGAACGUCUUGCAACUGAUAACGGUUUACACCAUUGUAAUAUAUGAGAAGAAAGAGGAAUCUCAUCUUCCAGAAGUGUAACUAAAAGUAAAUAUACAUGAGCAAAACAAGAUGAUAGAAUAAUAAAUAUGUGAUUUCUCAAUGCAAAUUUGGAAAACCAAAAUUUGGCACACGGAUUUGGCACUACAGAUAUUAAACUCAAAUUACGUCGAAAUCAAUGUAGCGAUCGUGAGUUUGCCUGGCCGUAAGUUUUGCAGCUGUACUUGCAGUUAAUUGUCAAGUCUUAUUCAAUUCAUACAUCUUCGGUGCAAUUACAAAAGAAAUAAAAGAUUGCGGAUAAAGAUACAAAAGGAUUGUUAAGAGCGUGAUAAAACCGAGAGUCUGAGAUAGCCGCGACUGAUUUCCGAAGGAGUGAAGCAAAAUUUUAUUUUAAUUAGCUAACUCGUUCCUUAAAAGCCCCGAGCUUGACUCAUCUUCUGCUCGCGAUUCAGCCACGUGUUAUUCGGACUUAUAAUUUCCUCCAGUCUCUAGGUAGAGGUCAUAUGUGGGAGACGUAUUAUUGUACGAACGAGUUCAUUCAUCGUGCAGAUUCCAGCUUGCCGGAAGUGACGAGCAAUGACUACUACCCAGUUAGUGAUGGCAAUGAUGGUAUGAUAGUGGUGGUAGUGCGCGCAUGGUACCAAUCGAGUGUUGCAUUGUGCAUACAGAACACGUACGUAUUCACGCGUAUUCACGCACACACGCACUCAUGUGCGUGCUGACCUAGAGGAAGCGAAAGGAGAGAAGGAAGGAGAGGAUGUCGACUCACCAUCGAGUGACCGCGACCGCAUCGUGCAACGAGAUGUAAUGUCUUGCUGUCGAUUGACGGCUAGUGGCUCUUUGAAGAUUUUACCUUAUCGACAAUGGACUGGAGUGGUCGGACAGACCGCGCGAGACAACGAAAGGUCGUGCUCUGUGUAUCGUUGUUGUUUCCUCAUUGGAGUGAUUCCGCGUUGCGAUCGCUGACGCGAUUAUGCAGCUGAAAAAAGCGAUGCUUAAGAUAUUCGAUCAAUGCCUACAUUUGCGGAGCAUCGAGGAGCCGAGGAUGACAGCGGAGACGGCAGUUCCCUGUAUACAAGGAGUACAGGGAUCUCAGAGCGGCAUAGUGAGUCAGAGUAUAUUACAACAAGAUGGAAACGGUGGCAGCGGUGGCGGUAGCGCUUAUUAUUCUUCGACGUCGACUUCGACAGUGUAUGAUCCGGAAUACUCCCGUAUGGAGGCUUGGCUCGAUGAGCACCCCGACUUCGUCAAUGAUUAUUUUCUUAGAAAAGUGACACGGCAGACUGUGGACUUGUGGUUGGUGUCACAUGCGACGCCAACUUCGUCAUCCAGCAGUUGCGUCGAACUUUCGAGCCCGAACCACGCUACAGCUGGCAAUUCAUCUUCCGGUCGAGGUGGCGCUGGCGGUUCGGGGGCUACGACACCUGUACGCAAAAUCUCAGCGCACGAAUUUGAGCGCGGGGGUCUUCUGAAGCCAAUCGUCAACACAAUUGACGGGACGCCAACUUUCUUGAGCGUAUCAACGAGUGAUGCCGGUCAGUCAGGUGGGUCGCAAGUUGGAUCCGGUAAUUCAAAUCGCCCGCAAAGACGAUCAAGACACGAACUCAAGCAUCUCGACGAAAAGGAUCUAAUUUUCGAAUUGGUCAAAGACAUUUGCAACGAGCUAGACGUGAGAUCGUUGUGCCACAAAAUCUUGCAGAACGUGAGCACGCUCCUUCAUGCAGAUCGCGGAUCAUUAUUUCUUGUCCAAGGGGAAAGAAGUGGCACCGCUACUGCCGCUGAUGCUGCCGUUGCCACCACAAAUUUACCAUCUCCUUCAAAUUACGAGGCCCCCGCAAACAAUUCCGACAAGGAAAACAACUUACAACGCAAUGAUCAAUCCUGUUUGAGGAGUAGGUGUUUGGUGUCGAAGUUAUUUGAUGUCUGCUCAAGAUCAACAUUGUUAGAAAUGGAAAAAAAAGAUGAGAUUAAGAUUCCCUGGGGUACCGGAAUCGUCGGAUACGUCGCUGAAAGUGGAGAACCCGUCAAUAUACCGGACGCUUACAAGGAUUCGAGAUUUAAUCGCGAAAUUGAUGCUUUAACGGGAUACCGUACACGUGCCUUACUAUGCAUGCCUAUUAAGGAUUGCAACGGUGAUGUAAUCGGAGUGGCGCAGGUGAUUAAUAAGCUCGGCGGCGAGGGACAAUUCACUGCGCAAGACGAAAAGAUUUUUGCCAGUUACUUACAGUUCUGCGGUAUCGGCUUAAGAAAUGCUCAGCUUUAUGAAAAAAGCCAAUUGGAGGUGAAGAGAAAUCAGGUUUUAUUGGAUCUGGCCAGAAUGAUUUUUGAAGAGCAAAGUACGAUAGAACACAUGGUUUUUAGAAUUCUUACGCACACGCAGUCGUUGAUUCAAUGUCAACGUGUUCAGGUGUUGCUCGUGCACAAAGCUUCUAAAGGAAGUUUCUCGCGCGUUUUUGAUUUCGAAGCGAAUGAUCUCGCUGGUGAGGAUUCUGAUUCUCGCACUAGUCCGUUUGAAAGUAGAUUUCCUAUUAAUGUUGGCAUCACCGGUUACGUAGCGACAACUGGUGAGACUGUCAAUAUACCGAAUGCUUAUGAAGAUCCGAGAUUUGAUCCAUUGGUAGAUGAUGGUAUCGGCUUUAGGCAUCGUACAAUUCUUUGUAUGGCUAUUAAAAAUUCAUCCGGUCAAAUAAUUGGUGUUAUUCAAUUGAUCAAUAAAUUUGACGACUUACCUUUCACGAAAAACGACGAAAAUUUUGUCGAGGCGUUCGCAAUCUUCUGCGGAAUGGGAAUUCAUAAUACGCACAUGUAUGAAAAGGCUGUGAUAGCGAUGGCAAAACAAAGCGUCACUUUAGAAGUAUUGAGCUAUCAUGCGUCAGCGUCGUUAGAAGAUGCGCAGAGAUUGAAGACUUUGAAAGUUCCAUCAUCGGCGCAUUUUCAAUUGCACGAUUUUAAGUUUGACGAUAUACAUAUGGAAGACGACGAUACCCUUAUUGCGUGUCUCAGGAUGUUUCUCGACUUGGAUUUUGUCGAGCGAUUUCACAUCGAUUAUGAUGUACUUUGCCGUUGGUUGUUGAGCGUAAAGAAAAAUUAUCGGAACGUUACGUAUCACAAUUGGCGACAUGCCUUUAACGUGGCUCAAAUGAUGUUUGCUAUUUUGACAGCUACUCAAUGGUGGAAAAUCUUUGGUGAAAUUGAAUGUCUCGCGCUUAUCAUUGCCUGCUUGUGUCACGAUCUCGAUCAUCGUGGGACAAAUAAUUCUUUCCAAAUUAAAGCCUCAUCGCCGUUGGCACAACUGUACUCAACUUCAACGAUGGAGCAUCACCAUUUCGAUCAAUGUCUGAUGAUCUUGAGCAGCCAGGGCAAUCAAAUUCUAUCAAAUCUUUCACCGGAAGAAUAUUCGCGCGUAGUAAAGGUUCUUGAAGAAGCGAUACUCUCUACCGAUCUCGCCGUUUACUUCAGAAAACGUGGUGCUUUUCUUAAUUUGGCACGUAGUGGUGGCUACAACUGGGCAUUUAGUGAUCAUCGAGAACUUCUUCGCGGGAUGUUGAUGACAGUCUGUGAUUUAGCUGCUAUCACGAAACCGUGGGAGAUUGAAAAAAGAGUAGCUGAACUCGUUAGCAGCGAAUUUUUUGAACAGGGCGACAUAGAAAGGCGAACGCUCAAUAUUACACCUAUUGAUAUUAUGAAUCGAGAAAAAGAGGACCAGUUACCGAUGAUGCAAGUAGGCUUCAUUGAUUCGAUCUGUUUACCUAUCUAUGAGGCAUUUGCCCAUCUGUCGGACAAACUUGUGUCGCUCGUUGACGGAGUCAGUAUGAACAAACAACAUUGGUUGGAAAUCGCCGAGAGCAAAUGCCAGGCGAAGACCUGCACGAAUCACGAUAGGACGCCAUCGAUAUCCGACAAUGAGGAGAUCAGCGAGCAAGCAGACCAAUAGUAAAAAAUUAUUACGAUGCCGUCACUGGCUGUUAAAAUUGAAUGCCAGAUACAAUUUGUCAGUCAGAAAGAAAAUAUAGGAUAUAGUUUAUGGUUCUUGUGAAUUUUUUUGUGACGUCAUUUUCUUCGUCUUUAAUUAUCAUGAUCUGUAUCUUGCGCAAACACGAACAGAUAAUCCGUCAGUUUAACAGAUUUUGUUUUAAUUUCUUUUUAGCAAUUUCUACAGAUUUGUUGAUCAAAUAAACCGAAUAUAUAAUUUUUUCGCGUUAAAAUGUAUCUUAAUCAAAAUUAUUCUGCAAAUUUUAUACAUAAGAUAAACUUUUGGAGUUUUAACAUCGUCUUAAAAAUCGGUAAUAAUAUAGAUAUGACAAUUCAGUCUUUCGUGUUUGGCGUUAUAUAUACGCAUAUCAUAUAUUUUUAUAAAAAAACAAUACCAAUUUUAUGAAAAUGAUAAAAGUGCCAAAAAAUAAAAAAUCUAAACGUGAGUAUAUGGAAAUCAAAUGUAAAAGACCAGAUCUACAUUAUUUGAUGUAGAUUCAUUCGUAGAGUCAUUCGUGCACAUCAUUAAUGAGAUUUCGUACAUAUUUCUUUUAUAGAUUUGGAAAUUCUUUUUUAGAAUUAAAGUACACGUAUUAAUAUCCAUCUGUCAAUUGGACUUUAUAUCAAGAACGGAAACAAUUUUUUUUAUUGCUCUACUUAUUGACUUUUUACGCAUAUAUAACCUAAAUUUUUGUUUCGCAAUUUUGUUUUAAUUGUACAUCAAAAUCUAAUAUUUGAAACUCGAUACUGUUUGUUUCCGUCGUGUACCAGUCUAUGGAUACGAAUUUUGUAAGUGCGAACUGUAAAUCUCAUCAUUAAGCAAACAUUGUUACAAUGUGACAGCGAAUUAACAAUUUCUUUCCAUUUUUGGUAGAAACUCCACCUCACAGACUGGUAGUAAUGCGUAUACUUUUAUUCUGGAAAAGGAUUUCCAAAUUUAUAAAAAAA